UUCGCAUAGAACGUAAAUAUAACAAGCCUACAAAAACUUCGUUAUCUGAAGCUAACAUAAACAAUGUUAGUUGCAGACAGAUCAGUACAUUGCUGAGCAUUUUUAAUUUUGCCACGCUCAGUAAUGUUAUGCAUCAAUAGCAAACUCUGUUAGUUUCUGGCGGCCUGUGGUGAAAUACAUCCAUUGUAACUUGGCAGCUUUUGACAGUUUACACGCUGGUCCGCAAUUGAACCAGAGAAUGUAAAUACAACGAGAAGGUUCAAUCAGAGAACGUAUUUACGUUCUCUGGUUUAGUUUUUUUAAUUACAAUAUUUUUUGUUCAUUUCGUAACUUUUAAGGUACUGUUUUUUAUGAUUUUCGAAUCUAUCGCAAUUAUUGCAUAAAUGAAUACGAAAAUUCCAAUAGUUCAAAUUUACCUAUGGAAAAUUUAAAUGAAGAUUGUUUGUUCAGUAUUUUUAGGCAUAUCGCGGAACUACAAGAUCAAAUACAGGUUGCGAGAACUUGUAAAAAAUUUGAGAUGAUAUUUAAGCGAUUGUGGGCCAAUCAGAAACGUCGACCCUCGGCAGGGAAAGGCGGCCUAAUAUAAAAUCUAUGUCCCUUUAUUUGUUGAAAAAACAUCAAGACGCAAAACCACAAAUUAGAAGAGGAGCUCGGCCGAAAAAUUGCUUUAGCUCAUUCCUACAAAACAUACACACACAUCGAGCGUUUGGUUCCACUCGCUACGUUCCCACUCAGUGCAUAAAGCACAAACUAAGAUAGUACGGCGGCAGCGUCGUAAAGCUUUUUAUACCGAGAGUAUAUAUCCUCAACUAAAUUAUAAUUUUGGAUUCAUACAAAGAAAGCACCAGCACCUGUCAAAACUUGAAUAGUAAUUUAUUUUAAAAUUAGUAGGUCUUAUCCUUUAUUAGUUAUUCCCUAAAUAUAAAUAUUUAGAUGUCUAAGUUGCUUGAUUUAAACGACGAUUGUCUGUACAGUAUAUGCACUUGUUUGGAUUUGAAUGACUUGUUAUCACUGAAAAAAUCAUGUAGACGCAUGGAAACAAUUGUUUUGUACUUAUGGAGACAUCGAUAUAGGAGGCUUUCACUAACAAGGAACCAAAUGGGUUCAUUUACUGAUAAAAGUAUAUUUGUUGAUCUAAUGUCAAGUGUUUGUGAUAUAUUGGAGGAACUUACUAUUGCCAGUAUUGACAGUUCACAAAUUAAAUGGAUUGCCCAUUUGCGGUUUCAUAAACUACAUUAUUUAGAAUGUAAUAUUAAUCAUAAUUUUAAUGAGAGCUGUGAUGGGAAUACGCUUUUAUUAACUAAAAUGUGCGCAUACAUUACCAAAUUGACACUAUUAAGUAGUACAACAGGAAAAUACAUAAAGGACUUUAAUCAUCUCAUUGAUUUAGAUUUGAGCUGUUGCAAUUAUCUUGAUACAGAAUACAUUGCAGAAAUCUGUAGCUCAUUAAAAUUGCAAAAAAUUGCCAUACUAUAUUAUGGCUAUAACACAGUCAUCGAGAUGUCUGCCAUUACGAACUGCCGUACGCUCGAAGAGCUGAAAAUCGACGAUCAUCACUUAAUGCUGUUCAUUGACGGAAUAUUGUCACUGCCGCACCUCCGUAAGAUCAGUUGCUAUACACGUGAUUAUGGUGUUUACUUGGUGGAUAAAAUCGCUCUCACGCGUGGACCAAGCAUACAUACAAUGAUUUUUAAUAGUGUUCUUUGGUCAAAUGAUCGCCAUAUUCAAAAUCUCAUUCAAAUGUCGUACUUAAAAUAUCUAAUAUUGGUAGACGAUGACGUUGAAGACGAACAACUUAUGAAACUAUCUCAGCAAUUGACGCAACUACUUGAAUUUCAUUGUAUAAACAGUCGUUUAGAAAGUGAUGAUGGGAUUUUAGAAAUUAUAAAACGAUGCGAAAAGUUGGAAGUGCUAAAUUUAACAAAGUCAAAUAUUAGUGCCGACUUCUUGAAGAGUCUUCAGUGCGUAGAAAAUCAAAUCGAACGAGUUGUACCCUUGAAAUUAUAUUGCGGCCAAACAUCGAUUGAAGACAAACCAUUAAUAGAGAAUGGAAAGUUGGUCAUGUCAAAUAAAACAUUAAAUUUAGAUUUGCCGAGUGGACGUUGUUUUCAAUGCGAAUGGUAAAAAAAAUGUUCCUAACUUCCUACUAAGGAAGAUUAUUGUUACGCAAAAGGACUAAAAGUUAAAAGAAAAUAAAAGGCUAAAAGAAACUAAAAAAUAAAUAAAA